CCGCAGAUCUUCUCAGACUGUCCUCCUUCUGGUGGAUUCCAUGUGGACUCAUGCUGUUCUGAGGUCUUUCUGUCUUCAGAGUCUGAUCUGAAUGAAGGCGCCCGUUUGUCACGCGUUAAAACCGGACUUUGUGAAUGAGUCCGGUCCCUUCCGUUCCAUCCGUUGCCAUGGAAACCCGUUUAGCUGCUGCAGUGCGGGGUGUCGAGCCUCCUGCUGGUCCUCCUACUCUGCUGACGAGUCCGGUUCUGAUCCGGUUCGAGGGGUCCCUAUGUGAAAUUCCUUUCAUUCAGAUGCAGACGCUCAGCUCUGACAUGUUUUAGGGCAUUUCAGAAUAAACCCAACUAUAAUCCAAAUGAUGCUGUAUGAUAAUAAGAUGAACUUUAAACUUUGGUGAUGUUUGACAGUGAUUGGUUCCGCCCUCUGUGUGGGCCAGACAGACCACAGUGAGUCCAGAAACAUCGACAUUUUAUUAAAUAUCUGCUGUCGGAUGUACUGAGUGGGCCAAGAGGAUCCGAGGUUUUUAUUUCACAGCAUUGGUGAUUGGAAAAAAAGGGGGGAAAAAAAGCAGGGGAAGAAAUACCACAGAGGCGUCAUAGCGCACAUUUUAACGCAGUUCGGCGUUCCGUCGAUUCCGCACAGAACCGCAGAAGAACCAGAGGAGCAGGUGGAUGUCUCAUCUAAAGACAUGUCUUCUGCUUUGGUGAUUCUACGCCGAAUUGAAGUGCGGGUCGUUUCCAGUUAUUAAAUUCUGGUUUUGUGUUUUCACUGGGUUUAUUUCUGUGUAAAUCCGCAGAAAAUCUGUUGAGCGCAAGUUUUGAGCGGAGUCUGGAGGAGAUGAACAGACGGAGUUUUUUCAUGUGUGAUGCUGGGAAUAAAAAGUCAUGUUUUUUGUGUUUGAUGUAAGUGUCAUCUCGGUUAAACUUAUUGUCUUUUCGGACAGAGUGUGAUUGGACUGGACUGACUGAUCUGGAGGAUAUUUUAUUCAACAGAUGUUCUUCACCAGAGUCCAGAUUUUAGUCACGUCGUCGCAGUCUGUGGGAGUCAUUCUGCGCCGAACCGAGCCCCGGAUGGGUCCAUUCGGUGGGCUCUGAUCCGCUGCCUCUCACUCUUGUCCUUUAUCCGCUGAUGAUCGGAGACGCCUUAUAAUAAUAGACUUUUUUACGGACUCUGGCGUGACGUUCCUCCGCCCUGGACGCAUCGAACGGGGAUCGCCUUGGAAACGGUUCAGCCCCUCCUCCCUGCGCCGCUCAUCGGGGAUGAUCGGUGCCGAGCUCCGCCGCCUGCUCUCCCGCUAAGUUCCGGUACCGACCCGGUCCGGCUCCGGUGAGCAGAUGUUUUCCGGCAGGAUGACUCUGUAUGGGCAGUUGGAGGAUCUGCAGGACCUGGCAUUCAUCGAGAGGCCGAUCCGCAGGAGUCUGAAGUCAGCUGAGGAGAUUGAUCAGCUGACUGUAGAUGAGGACCUCAACGACAUUGAGAGGGCUGUGUACCUGCUCAGUUUUGGUCAGGAGGUGCAGAGGGUCAGUGUUAUCAGUAACCUGCCGAGUCUGGUCCGUCAGAAUCCAGCUGAGACGUUCCGUCGGGUCGUUCCAAAGGUCCGGGAGGUCCUGAAUGGAGCUGGAGCUGAGAUCCAGUUGGCAGCAGCUGCAUCCUUUUUAACCAUCCUACAAGAUGACAUCAUCCUCAUCCACACCCACACCUACUCCAUUCUGAAGACUGUGCUGCUCCACCUGAACCACAGAGACACAGUGGUGAGCAAUGCCUGGUUGGAGACCCUGCUGUCAGCCAUUGGCGCUUUACCCAAGGAGACAAUCAAACAGGAGGUGCUGAACCCUCUCCUCUAUCAGUCUCAGCUGUCUCACUCUCUUCAGGCUCGUCUGGCCAGCUGUCGCAUUCUGGGAAAAAUUGCCAGCAAGUUCGAUUCACAUAUAGUGAAGAAGGAGCUGCUGCCUCUGGCUCAUUCUUUAUGUCAGGAUGUGGAGUUUGAGGUCAGAGCCUCUAUGUGCCGUCAGCUGGAGAACAUCGCCAGGGCCACAGGGGCUGAGGACACUAGGACGGAGCUCCUGCCUGAACUGGUGGAGUUGGCUGGAGAUGAGGAGAGCAGUGUACGCCUGGCUGCCUUCGACACCAUCAUCAACCUCAUGGAGAUGAUAGACAGCGACGACAGGCUCCAUGUCGUGGUUCCCCUGGUGAUGUCUGUGUGUGACUCGUCGUCGCAGGCGGACGAGGCCGUCAUGGCGUCUUUGUCGUUCCAGUUUGGGAAACUGUGCAGUGGUCUGGCAGACUCCUUGUCAGAUGAACAGAGGACUCGGCUGUUGCAGAAGUUCAAGUUGUUUUCUGUCUCAGGUUUACAGACUGAAGGAAACCACACUGAAACCAGCAGUGAGUCUACACUGAUCCGCUGCAACUGCUGCUACAACCUGCCGGCCAUGGUUGUGUUUGCUGACUCCGCCCAUUUCCUGUCAGAAGUUUACCCAUCGUUUGCCAGUCUGUGUUGUGACCCUGAGGUCAGCGUGCGACGAAGUGCAGCUGCUAGUUUCCACCAGGUGGUGAAGCUUCUGGGUUCAAAUCCACAAUUGGUUCAUAAAGAGCUUCUGUCUCUGCUGCAGGAUGAUGCCUUAGAGGUGUUGGACGCUCUGAUGAAUCACCUGGAGGAAACUCUGGAGGCGGUUCUUUCCAGAGGAGAGAACACAUCGGUGGACAACAAGUUCCCAGAGCUGCUGUCGGCUCUUCUCUUAGCGGAGCAGACAGUUGGAUGUUCUCUGCGUUGGAGGCUUCAUGAGAAGCUGUUGCAGCGUUACAGCUGUUUGGCCCGACUGCUGCCUGGAGACAUUCUGCACCAGAGCUUCUCCCCACGAAUCUUCAUUAUCCUCACCACCAAUAAGGUGUUGCCAGUGCAGAAGGAGGCUGCUCGGACUUUCUGUACAUUUCUCCGCUAUAAUCGGAAACAGGAGCAGCGCCAGGAAAUGAUGGAGCGACUGAUCCAAGAUCUGGCUCAGGGACGAAGCUACUGGAACCGUUUGAGGUUCCUUGAUGUUUGUGAAACGGCCACUGAGAUUUUCUCCAGGAAAUACUUUAACAAACACUUUCUGAUCCCAGCGCUGGAACUCGUCCAUGACCCUGUUGCCAAUGUCAGGUACAAGCUGUGCCAGUUGUUGCCACGAUUACGCUCAUCACUCCGGCUGCCAUCUGACAAACAACUGCUGCAACAGCUGGAUUUCUGUGUUCAGAAACUUCUCUGCAGAGAGAAAGACAAAGACGUAGUGGCCACCAUCCGCAAGACAGUGUUGGAACUGGACAAACUGGAGCUCACCGAGCCGUUUCAGAAGCGGCAGGAGAAGGACUUACUGGAUCAGAAGAAAGAGAAGGAGGAGACUCUGCUGCUGGAGAUGGAGCAGUUGGAGCGACAACAGACUGAAGCCAAAACCAAUGACAAACUCAACGAGAGAAAACGAAGAGACAGUAAAACCAGUCUGUCAGCAACCAAGUCCAUGUCCGUGUCAUCUUCUGGAGCUACUCUGACCUCAUCUGGGAAGGAGAUGAGAAAGGCCAAACUGUCUCGGAGUCGGUCUCUCAGCAGCCAGCCAACGACGUCCAAAUCCACCAACUCAGACAGACCUCUAAAGGUGAAAGAUCUGAGCAGUUCUUCUGGAUCUGGAAAGUCCUCCAUGAUACUGAGCAAAGAUGAUUCCCUGAGGACUGCCCACUUCACUAUGGCAACGCUGUCCCAGACCCCAUCCACCUCAUCCAUGCCAGUCCUGAUCCGCAGCAACACCACAAGCCUCCUGGAACGCACCAGUACAUCAGACCAUAGGACCAGUACAUCAGACCACCGGAGCAGUACACUGGACCACCGGAGCAGUACACUGGACCACAGGACCAGUACCCUGGACCACAGGACCGGCACACUGGACCACAGGACCGGUACACUGGACCACAGGACCAGUACAUUGGACCACAGGACCAGUACGUUGGACCAUCGCAGUAAGACAAUAGACCAGCGCAGCAGCGGAGGGAAGGACAGCCAGUCCAGAAAGCUGUCAAUAAACAGGAAGUCCAACUCAUUUAGCGUCCAAUCUGGACGGGACUGAUGCCGUCAUCAUACCUGCGCUGCACUGUCAGCCAAUCAGACUGCAGGGGUUGGUUGGUGUCCGUCCAUUCAAACAGCUGCUUCUUCAUACUGAGGACAUUGACAAUGAUGACGAUGAACUGCCUUACAGUCUCUUACAGAGACAGUAGAGUCUGAUUGUAUUGCUUUCUACUGAUGUACUGAGCACUGUGUAAUCCAAUGAUGAUCACGUUCUGUCACCUGAUUGGUUCAGUAAACUGUCAGUCACAUAGAAACUGC